CUCAGUCCACACAUUCAAUUCAGUUUUAUUUGCAUAGCGCUUUUUUACAGAGGACGCUCACAAAGACUCUUUGGAUUCACAUCCCAACCUGUCAUACCUGUUUGUGUUCAGUUCCUUAUCCAUGUAUCUCAUUCAGACGUCAGAUAUGCUGUAAGCAAACCUGGUCCCGAUGUGUCGGUUAUAUUUAUGGUUUCUGCUCUGUCUAAGCUUGAUAACAAGAGUCUGAUGGAUGACUGAAAGUCUGAGCCUGAAUAUUCAGAAUAACAAAACACCAAGUGCCUCCAGCACACGGUCACCUGCAUUCAUUAGACCUGAUUAAUUAAAACUAAUGAAAAGGAAUCCUGUGAUGUAGUUGCAGGUUUGGAUGGAGCAAAAAACAAGGACCAUCUCAAGGCCUCAAAGACCAAGCUUAGGGUUGACAGAUGACACGGAUUUUGGUGCCCGCGUGCAAUCUGAUAGUGAUAUAUCCGUGGAAUCACAUGUCACUUGAAGUGAAAGUUAGAGACUAUGUGUUCACAGUCAAAAUCAAAACAGAACACGGAUGGAUUCUACGUGACGGAAUAUGGAAAUUUAGUGUAAUCAUAGCGCUUCAUCGACACAAGCAGGUGCGACCAGCAUUCCACUUUCACAAUGAAAUCAGAAGGGUGCGCUGUCAGAGCAACAAGAGGCUGAGCAGCCAGGUAGGCACCAGAGAUCAAUAUGACAACUAAUGUGAUAAUCCAGCAGCCACCAGCGGUGCAAGUUGGGAUGGUUCAGUCAAAUCAGUGGAGCACAGGAAUCUGUGACUGCUUCGAUGACCUGCCUAGCUGCUGCCUCGGGUACUGGUGUUUCCCCUGUUUCGCCUGCAAGACGACUUCGGAAUUCGGGGAAUGCGCCUGUCUCCCCCUGGUGGACGGCCUGUGGAUACUCGCGCAGUUUGUCGGUGUACCGGUCUGUGUGCCCCCCGUUUCCUUUGCCAUGAGGGCUGGUGUGCGCAACAGAUACGGAAUCCAGGGAGACAUGUGUUCAGACUGCAUCUACGCAACCUUCUGCAACGUCUGCUCCUGGUGCCAGAUUUCCCGGGAGAUCAAGCGACGCAAACAGACCCUCGUCUUCGUCAACUUACAGCCCACGCCCGUUGCCAUCGCACCCCUGGUCAUGCCAUCCUAACCCACUGCCCUGCUCUCACCCCCUACACCCCCGCUGAUGGUCCAGAAUAUAAGAAUAUGUUAGGAUAAAAGGCAUGGCAUGCGACCCGUGAGCAUAGCAACUGCUGCAUCUGCCACUGAUUUCCAAGUAGUGAAUGCACUGUUAUACUUGUUGUUAAAGUAAAAAAUUGUAUCUUUUGUCAAACACCUACACUGAACUGUGGAUUAGUAUAUGCUUCUGUAAAACCAUCAGAAAAUAAAAUAAAAUACUUUAUUUCCA